CCCUUCCCCCUCCGCCGCCGGCUCCCGAUCUGAUUCCUGAUCCCUGAUUCCUUGAUCCUUGGUCCCGCCAUGGGAGCCUGAGCGCCCCGGGUUCCCCCGGCCCCCUGCUCCUGGGGCCUUGAGGGGGAGAACGCAGUGGUCUGGGACGGAGCAAGGGGUGACCAGACUCAGGAGCCCCCCUCGACACCCCCUAUCGCCCGCGCAGCCCGUCCGGGAGCGCGGAGUUCGGAGCGACCCGGGGCGCUGCGGAUACAAAGGCGCCGGGCCGAGCGGGGCGCCCGCCAAGCCCACCGGCAGUUCGCAGCGGCGGGAGCGCCGCUUGAUUUUCUCUGAGACAAGCCCACCCGUCCAGCAAAAUAGAGUCCCUCAGGGCGACGGUUGACUUCCUGAAGGUGCCUCUUGGCCUGAAGAAGCCGGUGCUGAAGGAGGUGGCUGUGGGGCCCCCCAAGCGGCCCCAGCCUGCGGCCCUGGAGCGCUACAAGGCACGGCGUUCGGACGCCAUGGACACCGAGUCCCAGUACUCGGGCUACUCCUACAAGUCGGGCCACUCCCGCAGCUCCCGAAAGCACAGGGACCGCCGGGACCGACACCGCUCCAAGAGCCGAGAUGGGAGCCGCGGGGACAAGUCGGUGACGAUCCAGGCUCCGGGAGAGCCCCUGCUGGACAACGAGUCCACGCGAGGGGAUGAGCGGGAUGACAACUGGGGAGAAACGACCACGGUGGUCACCGGCACCUCAGAGCACAGCAUCUCCCAUGAUGACCUCACGCGCAUCGCCAAGGACAUGGAGGACAGCGUCCCGCUGGACUGUUCCCGUCACCUGGGUGUGGCGGCAGGGGCCACCCUGGCGCUGCUGUCUUUCCUCACGCCGCUGGCUUUCCUGCUGCUGCCCCCGCUGCUGUGGCGGGAGGAGCUCGAGCCGUGCGGGACGGCCUGCGAGGGCCUCUUCAUCUCCGUGGCCUUCAAGCUGCUCAUCCUGCUGCUGGGCAGCUGGGCGCUGUUCUUCCGCCGGCCCAAGGCCUCGCUGCCGCGCGUCUUCGUGCUGCGCGCCCUGCUCAUGGUGCUCGUCUUCCUGCUUGUGGUCUCCUACUGGCUCUUCUACGGCGUGCGCAUCCUGGACGCCCGGGAGCGCAGCUACCAAGGCGUGGUGCAGUUCGCUGUGUCGCUGGUGGACGCCCUGCUCUUCGUGCACUACCUGGCUGUGGUCCUGCUGGAGCUGCGCCAGCUCCAGCCUCAGUUCACGCUCAAGGUUGUGCGCUCCACCGACGGGGCCAGCCGCUUCUACAACGUGGGCCAUCUCAGCAUCCAGCGCGUGGCCGUGUGGAUCCUGGAGAAGUAUUACCAUGACUUCCCUGUCUACAACCCUGCCCUCCUCAACCUGCCCAAGUCCGUCCUGGCCAAGAAAGUGUCUGGCUUCAAGGUGUAUUCCCUCGGAGAGGAAAACAGCACCAACAACUCCACGGGCCAGUCGCGGGCUGUGAUCGCGGCGGCGGCCCGCAGGCGGGACAACAGCCACAAUGAGUACUACUACGAGGAGGCCGAGCACGAGCGGAGGGUGCGCAAGCGCAGGGCCAGGCUUGUGGUAGCUGUGGAGGAGGCCUUCACUCACAUUAAGCGGCUGCAGGAAGAGGAGCAGAAGAACCCCAGGGAGGUGAUGGACCCGCGGGAGGCAGCUCAGGCCAUCUUUGCAUCCAUGGCCCGUGCCAUGCAGAAGUACCUUCGGACCACCAAGCAGCAGCCUUAUCACACCAUGGAGAGCAUCCUGCAGCACCUGGAGUUCUGCAUCACGCAUGACAUGACGCCCAAGGCCUUCCUGGAGCGGUACUUGGCAGCUGGCCCCACCAUCCAGUACCACAAGGAACGCUGGCUGGCCAAACAGUGGACACUGGUGAGCGAGGAGCCGGUGACCAACGGGCUCAAGGAUGGCAUCGUGUUCCUUUUAAAGCGCCAGGACUUCAGCCUGGUGGUCAGCACCAAGAAGGUGCCAUUCUUCAAACUCUCCGAGGAAUUUGUGGAUCCCAAGUCGCACAAGUUUGUUAUGAGGCUGCAGUCUGAGACCUCGGUGUGACUGUGCAGCAGCAGGGGCAGCGGGAGACUCUGGGGGCCUUGAGGGGUGGGGGGCUCGCUUCUCGGGCCCAGCCACAUGCCUGCCACCCUUCUUCCUCUUGCUCUUGUUUUUUUUUGUUUGUUUGUUUUUUUACUUGAAUUAACUACACCCCCCCCCCCCCCCCGUCAUCCUUGUCUUCCCCCAUGUGGAGCAGCAGCUGGGACGGCCUCCUCCUCCCACUUCUGUGUCCCUCCAGGCCCUGCGGGAAUCAGUGCCUCCCCUUCUCCUUGCCCCAGCCACCCUCCUGAGCUCCACCGCAAACCCAAGUGCUUGCAGCGGGUUCUCUCCAGGGGCCCCUGACACAGAUAGGACUCCAGAGAACCACAGUGCCAAACCCGCAGGGCGGCAGCUGCCCUCCUCCUGCCCCUCUCCCCCAGCCCGUAACAAACCCCAGGGCGCUCAGGCAAGGACACCCCUGCCACGCAGUGCCAGAGUUCGGCGACUCCCUGCCAGCACUAUUUGUUCUGGCUCUUAGAGCCCCCUUUCUGCCAUCUACAUGUAUUUAGAACGAGGGAGGUUCCCAGCUGUACCUGGAGAGCUCCACUUCCCCUGUCUGACUUUUUGGGGGAAGGUGGUUUCCUUCCAGUGUGGUUUUCCUGGCCAACUCCCGAGGGGAAGCACAAGAUAGACCUUUGAGGUCUCGACAGGACCCUGGUCAUUGACCUCUGCCCUCUGCCCUUCCCAAUGAAGGAAGGUAUGUAGACCCCUGCCCACACCUGGCAGCCUGCAGACCCUGACUCAGCCCCUGUGGUCUUAGACAGCAUUUUUCUUUUUCUUCACCAGCCAGCCCAGCCCUGUGUCUUCUCUCGGCUCCCGGGACCUGCUGCCUCAUCUCUUACAGGGGGGAGCCAGAAGCUCCUCCCCAUCCCCUGCCUUAAGUCCAGUUCUUUGCCUCAGGGCUCUCUUUUCCUCGGCCUUCCAGGGUCCCCUCCUGUUCUCCCUGCCUGGUUCUCUGGGCUCUGAUCUCCCUGGGUAUUGGGGUGGGGGCCAGGAUGACUGCCUUUUGUAGGUACUAAGUCCCUCACCCCGUGUUAGCUUCCAUGGUCCGCACCAAAUGUGAAUCCUCAAUAGUUUAGAUCUCAUUUUGAGCAGAAUUUGCUGGCCCUCUAAUACGUAGUUUCUGAGUGAAUUUGAGCCUUUCGAUCAGACACCUCUGAAUUAAGUAGUUUUGCCAAGAGGAGUAGAAAUAGGAAAAGCCCGGGUAUCCCCAUCCAGGAUCCGGGUGAAGGGGCACACUGAUGGAGGGGCGCGGCGUGCUCCUGGUGAGUUAUCGGAAUAACGCACGACGCCCCCUGUCGGCCGGCCCUGCCUUCCGCCGGAGCACUCGCACCUCCCCUCCGAGUGCAGCUGGGGCCUGGGGCCGCAUCUCCACUGAGCGCUCAGCCGGAUCUGCUUCCUCCCUGCGGUGGCGGCCCUGGGGAUCGCAGCACCUGAUGAUUCGGGUUUUUCCUGUCCUUUCUGCAAAGGCCGUUUGUCCCCCACCCCUUGCUAGAGAAGGGCUCCUGGGUACCUUGUCCCCUGACCCCGGGGGCGGGGUGCGUGGGUUGCAGGGCUGACUUGGGCAGGGCUUGGGGAUCGGCCUUGGACGGGCGGCUGGGGUCCCCUGGAGGGGCCUGUGGGAAUUACAUCCCGUGCUGGGCAUCCUGGCAGGUCUCCUUUCUUUUCUUCACAAACCUGGUUUCACAGGAGUUUCUUUUGGGUCCCAUAAAUACCUCACUAUCCUGGGAAACAGGGCCUGGAUGGUGAUCGGGGUCACUGCCCUGCGGGCAAGAGUGGGGUGGUGUGGUUUGAGGAGUGGGUUGGGGUGGGCAGACCGAAAGUAUUUGGGGUCUUAGUCGCUGCCCUGGGUUAGGGGCGGGGGAAUGUUUAUUUUAAGAACCUGCCAUGUUUUUAAUCACUGUGAUUUUUUUCAUUCCUUUUUCCUACAACAAAACAAAAAAAACGUUUUCCCAACUCUCUCUAAGCACUAAGGGCUGCGACUGAGAAUGGUAGCGUCUUGGUCCUUUGCGUCAGAACUGUGGUAUCUUUGUCUUCUUCGGUUAUUAUUAUUAUUAUUAUGUUUUAAGACGUCAGGAUGAGUUGUCACGUGUGUGGCUGUGUGUCUGUCUUGCGCUUCUCCUGCGUGGGAAGCUGUCUUCAUGCUGUGAACUGCUGUGGGGCGAGCCCCUGCCUGGAUCCUCCGCGCAGUCUCCCCGCCCUCGGCCUGUCCUGCCACCCGCUGGAUGGGGCGUGCCCACCGCCUGCACACACCCCUCCCCCAUGUCACUGUGGGGGUGCUGUGGCUGGGCCCCUCCAGUGCACUGGUUCCCAGGACUUGUUCAUCCCCAACCCACCCACCAGGCCUCCCUCUUCAUCCCCUUGGGACGCUCGCCCUCCACACCAGGACACAGUGCCUCAGUCCUCCACCUACCUCGCCGCCCUGCCGCUGUCCCCACCGGCCCCUUCCUCCUAAGCUAGUCUUUGUGCUCUCUGCCUGCUUCCCUCUGGCCUCUCAUUUUGCCUUCCUUUCCCCCUCCAUUUCAGCCCUUAACUUUUCCACCUCUCUGUCCACACCUCAGUGUUUCCAUGGCAGACCCUGAUACAACACCAUGAUGAGACAUCGGGACCUGGAAACUUCUCAGUGGAAACAUCUGUUCCCCAGGGGUUCUAGUUCUCUGCUUUUCCAUUGGGCCCAGAGGGGCUCCCUCGCCCCUCCAUGGUGUCUGUCAUUCUGUCUGUCUCCUCUGUCCUCUGCCCUCCCCAUGGGCAGGAUCCACUGAUGGAUUCAGUCCUGGUGUGUGAUUGUUGUGAUUUGUUCUGUGCGCAAAAGGGAGGGAUUCUCUGGGUCCCUUCCAAGUGAGAUUGUAAAUGUAGAACUUUCCAUUGUUGGAUCUAGAUUUUUUUUCUUUUCAUUUUGGGUUACAGAGCUGAGACAUUGUGCAUGCAUGUAGAAAAUUAUAAAAUGUAAAUUUUUUUUAAUAUAUAAAAAGCUUGUUUUUACAGUUUGCAGUGGAUCUAAACAU